AUGUCUUCUCCAGGUGAGAGGCAUGGCCACCUCGACGCGACCACAGGGCGUGACGUAGUCUAUUGUCACGCCUGCGCCGGCGAAUGGUACCGGGACGAGAAUGGCCUAACAUGUCCUGAAUGUCAAGGGGAAAUCACAGAGAUUAUUGAUCCCGAAAACGACCCUCGCGACCUUGCCCACCAUUCCUCUGCCUCCACCUCACCCGAGCCUAAUCAUUACGAUUCGGAUCCCGAAGAAGCCGACAUAGAUGAGCACGCUCAGCAUGGUUUUGUCUAUCGACGUAGCGUGCGAGUCGGCCCAGAGCAUCAUCACCACCACGAUCCUGCCGUUGCCCCGAUUUUCGAGCGUUUCUUUGACAUGCUUAAUGGGUUUGGACCGCGAAGUCCUGGUGGAAAUGCUUCUUUCCCACCUAGUCCUGGGGAACAUACUGGAGAACAAAACUCCGGGACACAAACAUAUCGGACAACAUUUACUCCUGGGCCUUUUGGAGGCGGCACAACUGUAACAAUAAUCCAACGGCCUAUCCAUGCUACGGGAGGCGCUCCUCCAGUGAAUUUGGGUUCUUCAGCCCAUGCAGGAUCCGAUCCCUUCCAAGAGUAUGCACAGUCCCUUUCCCAUCGCCCUGAGGGACCAGGCGGUCUACGGGUUACGGCCAUAUCCAUGACAAUCGGAGCUAAUCAGCAAACCAGGUUCCUUUCCAACAUGUUGCGUGAUGUCGGGCCACCAACCGGUGUGAACCAGGGAGGCGAAGAAGGAGAUGGAGGUCCUCCACCUGGCUUCGCUCGAAGUUUACAUGAUAUUUUGAGCCUCUUGAGCCCGGCAAACGCCAUGCACGGUGAUGCAGUGUAUUCCCAGGAGGCUUUGGAUCGGAUUAUUACCGGACUCAUGGAGGCCAACCCCCAGUCUAACGCUGCCCCUCCAGCCACAGAGGAAGCACUUCGAAAUCUGCAGCGGAAACCUGUUGACAAGCAGAUGCUGGGCUCGGAGGGCAAGGCAGAAUGCACGAUCUGUAUUGAUGAAAUGAAUGAGGGAGACAUGGCGACAUUUUUGCCUUGCAAUCACUGGUUUCAUGAGGAGUGUGUUACUCUAUGGUUGAAAGAGCACAACACAUGCCCCAUUUGUCGAACACCCAUCGAAAAGACCAACCCCAGCGGCAACAACAAUAACAGUGGCAAUAGCAACAACGGCGAUAGCAACCAAUCUCAGGGGCCAGCUUCGGGAGCUGGCUCUAACCAGUCAAAUCCGUUCGGCCAGCGUACAUCGUUCAUGUUUAAUCCUGGCUGGUCAUCACAUGAGCCCGCUUCCCAUACCCACUCACGCCCAGUCAGAUAUUCACGACCUCCCAGCCAAAGCCAGAGCCGUCUGAACGAGGCUUUACGGAACAUUUCCACACAGCAACAGGAGAGGGAGCGAGAACGCGACCGUGACCGGGGCACAACAUCCGGGUUUAGUUAUGAUACCUCACGACUUCAGCGACGUAGCUCGCACUCUCCAACAAGUCCUCGGGCGACUGCACCCAGUGAGCAUGGCGCACGAAUGAGACAGAGAAGCCCUUCCCAGAGCAGUCGACGCUCAACUGCAGAUUCGGAUCAACAACGUCGGCCUAGUGGCCAAGGGCCUAUUAGCUGGCUCCGUGACCAGUUCAGUAGGGGGCCUGGCAACGGAUCGCCACGAGACGGGCGGCGGCAGUAG